AUGUCGGGGCUGGCCGGCGGCGAGUCAGCCUGGGUCAACCUGACCGCGGAGGGCAACGGCAGCGAGGCCCGCCGGGGGCUGGGCAGGGCGGCGGAGUGGCUGCCCUCCUCGCAGCAAGCUCGGGCGCUCUUCAUCAUCCGUUGCGUGAUCCCCUCGCUGUACCUGCUGAUCAUGGCGGUGGGCUUGCUGGGCAACGUCACCCUGCUGAAGAUCUUCGUGGGCAAGAGCGCCGUGCGCAGCGUGCCCAAUAUCUUCAUCUCCAGCCUGGCCGCCGGCGACCUCCUGCUGCUCCUUACCUGCGUGCCAGUCGACGCCUCGCGCUUCUUCCUCGAGGACUGGCUAUUCGGCGAGGUGGGCUGCAAGCUGCUCCCGGCCAUCCAGCUCACCUCGGUGGGCGUCUCUGUCUUCACGCUCACCGCCCUCAGCGCCGACAGAUACAAAGCAAUUGUAAAUCCAAUGGAUAUUCAAACGCCCAAUGCAGUUCUGUGGACCUGUAUCAAAGUGAUUGCCAUCUGGAUAAUUUCCGUUCUACUAGCAGUUCCUGAAGCAGUAUUCUCCGAAGUGGCAAACAUCAAUGAUGCAGAUAAUGUCACUUUCACAGAAUGUAUACGAUAUCCGUUGAAGGAUGAUUUGCACCCAAGGAUCCAUUCAGUGAUGAUACUUUUGGUAUACCUCCUUAUUCCACUCACCGUCAUUAGUGUUUACUAUUACCAUAUUGCAACGACUUUAAUUAAGAGUGCACAUAAUCUACCUGGAGAAAGCAGUGCACAAUCUAGAAGACAGAUGGAAACUCGAAAGCGCCUGGCCAAAAUUGUGCUAGUCUUCGUUGGGCUUUUUGCUGUGUGCUGGUUGCCUACCCAUGUGCUAUACAUGUAUCGGUCCUUUAACUACAGCAAGAUUGACCCUUCACUUGGCCAUAUGGUUAUUACUUUGGUAGCCCGAGUGCUCAGCUUCUGCAAUUCUUGUGUCAAUCCAUUUGCCCUCUAUUUCCUCAGUGAGAGCUUUAGGCGGCAUUUCAAUAGCCAGCUUUGCUGUCGCAGGAUGCCUCGUCAACAGAGAUCUGCCAGUUACCUGCACAGUUCCUCAGCCAUUCGAAUGACUUCAUUGGAGAACAAUGCCAGGAACCCUGUUACCACGACAACACUGCUGAAUGGGCACAAUCCAAAACAAGAUAUAGCAUUGUGA